GCAGAACCUCACACUUGAGCAGUUGGACUGCCAACUGCUGUAGCCAUCGUUUGGUCCCAAGGCAGAAACAGAGAGUUUCAAGUCUGCUGAAAAGCAAUCCAUUGGGGUAUUCUUUGUGAAGUGUGUGAUCUAUUCCUGGGAAAGCCUUUUUUACUGAGAUGGAAACCAUCAAUGAGAAAGCCACACCAUCGGAAGGAAGAUAUCAAGCCCUGCCACUCCAAGUUCCUGUGGAGCUGAGAAAAGGCUGGAAAAAGAAGCAACGCCAUCUCUUCCUGUUCAGUGAUGUUCUGAUAGUGUCUAACAACGUGCAUAAGAAGAAGUUUAAGGUAAAAUAUGUCAUCCCACUCAGUUACCUGUGGAUAGGUGACUAUGUGGACAGCAGUGCUGGUGGCAAGUCCAUCGUCCUGUUUUGGCCCAUGAAAAAUUUCGUGGUCACCUUUCGUUCCCGUGAACAGAAAGAUCAAUGGCACUUUUUCAUCCAAAGAUACAUUAAUGAAGCCAAGGAGAUUGCUGAGAGAAAGUGUAUUGCACUGCAGAUAAACACCAAGGAUAUCCCAGACUCAACCAGUGCAUGUGCAUAGACAUCUGCUGCUGUCUUUGCCUGAUCCAGAGGAAGAACCCCAUUUGUCCCCUCCAGAGUAAAUAAAAUUUCCUUUGUGCUGAGAA